AUGACGGCUCAGCUUUUCCACACAUUCAAUGUGGAGCGUCAAAUCUUCUUUCGAAGUCCCAAAAGCUUUGGGCUUGUCAACUUGAAGCCCUUGCUGCCUGGACAUGUUCUCAUAUGCCCUCAACGGGUCGUGCCUCGUUUGGCAGAUCUCAGCUCGGAUGAAGUAAGCGAUCUCUUCCUAUCUGUACAAAAGGUUACGGGAGUCUUGCAGACAGUCUACAAAGCAACAGGAACCACAAUCUCUCUGCAAGAUGGGCCCGUUGCAGGUCAGUCAGUGCCUCAUGUGCACGUACAUAUCCUACCACGAAAGGCUAAUGACCUGCCUAAUUCCGAUGACAUCUACGGACAGCUUGACCAACAGUCAGAGGAGAUGUUGCAGAGUUGGCAAGCAGCAUUGGCUCAACGACCCAAAUUUACCGUAGUGGACGAUGAAUCCCGGAAGCCACGAACGAUCGAUGAGAUGGAAGAAGAGGCAAAGCAGCUCGCAACCUUUUUUGAG